AUGGACCUCUUUAGAUCCAACGCAAACAUUCCAUCUACAUCCUUUGACGACCAACCUAAAGUUUCCCGACGGCGGCGCAUGGUCGUUGCCCUCACAGGAGCGACAGGAUCCAUCUUAGGGAUCAAAACGCUCAUCACCCUACGUCAAUUGAACGUGGAAACCCAUCUCAUCAUCAGCAAAUGGGCAGAAGCAACAAUAAAAUAUGAAACCGACUACACAAUCGCCAACGUACGAGCCUUGGCAGACUUUGUCUACAAUGUCAACGACAUGGCAGCCCCAAUAUCGAGCGGCUCAUUUCGUGUGGACGGGAUGGUCAUCGUACCAUGCAGCGUGAAGACCCUCGCUGUAAUCAGUUCCGGAGUUUGCGACGAUCUCAUCGCCCGUGCUGCAGAUGUGAUGCUCAAAGAACGUCGCAGACUUGUUUUAGCUCUCAGAGAAACCCCUCUCAGCUCAAUACAUUUGCAGAAUAUGACCUCUGUGACCCAAGCUGGAGCAAUAAUCUUUCCGCCAGUGCCUGCGUUCUAUAUCAAACCCUCAUCGAUUGAUGAUUUGGUUGACCAUAGCGUUGGGAGGAUGUUGGAUCUUUUUGAUUUAGAUACGGCCCAGUUUGAAAGAUGGGAGGGUUGGAAGAAAGACUAG